UUAAUAUGAUAUAUAAAAUAUAUCGCGUUUGUAAUAACCACAAACCACAAUCUGAUUAUGGAGAAUUGUGCAACUAUAUUUGGAUCUUCAUAUUCGCCUGCACCUUCUAAUUUGUUGGUGAAUACUGAUGCACAACAGGCUGAAUUCCAAGACGAGGUUAGCCUAAUCAAAGGGCCGGAAACUGAUGAGGUGAAAUCGGGCAACAAAAAGGGCAGAAACAGGCGUAGAAAAUUGCCUAGAUAUGCUUUUCAAACAAGAAGCAAGGUUGACAUAUUAGAUGAUGGGUACCGGUGGAGGAAAUAUGGACAGAAGUCUGUUAAGAACAACAAAUUUCCAAGGGGUUACUAUAGGUGUACACAUAGAGGUUGCAAUGUUAAAAAGCAGAUUCAAAGGUUAUUUGAAGAUGGAGAUAUCGUUGUGACAACAUAUGAAGGAAUGCAUUCACAUCCAAUUGAGCAUUCUAAUGACAACUUUGAGAACAUCCUCAGUCAGAUGAAAAUCUACUCCGGAUUUUGAGUCCUGAUCAGACAUGAAAAAAUUUGUUAUUUAACAAAUUGUAUUGUAUUUGUUCCCCUUCAGAGCUCUAUCUUCUUAAUCCCUCCCUGACUGUUGAAGAUCUCUAACCGGCCGGAGCUGGAAAUGCAGAAGUUGAUGUGGUAGAAUAUCGACUAUAAGUUUGCUUGUUAUUACAUUAUGAUUGAUGUAUCACCAUGUGCGUAAUCGAACCAAUUAUGUACAAACAUUGUGAAA